AUGGCCAAUGCCUCCCCAGACCUGGACAACGCGGACGCCCAGCGCCAGCUCAACAACAAUAACCGACCAAUCGGCUCCGGGUUCUGGGAGACGGAGUGCACCAGCUCCAAGCUGUUCGAGUGCUCCCGCAUCAAGGCCCUGGCAGAUGAACGAGAUGCGGUGCAGAAGAAGACUUUUACCAAGUGGGUGAACUCACAUCUGGCCAGAGUGUCCUGUCGUAUAUCUGACCUCUACAACGACCUGAGAGAUGGAUACAUGCUCACCCGACUGCUGGAGGUGCUCAGUGGAGAGCUGCUGCCGAGACCGACUCGGGGACGGAUGCGGAUCCACUGCCUGGAGAACGUUGACAAAGCGCUGCAGUUCCUUAAGGAGCAGAGGGUUCACCUGGAAAAUGUCGGCUCCCACGACAUCGUGGACGGAAACCACCGUCUCACUCUGGGCCUCAUGUGGACAAUUAUUCUACGCUUCCAGAUCCAGGUGAUCAAAAUAGAAACGGAGGACAACAGAGAAACUCGCUCUGCCAAGGACGCUCUGCUGCUCUGGUGCCAGAUGAAGACCGCAGGGUACCCUGAGGUCAACAUCCAGAACUUCACCACCUGCUGGAGAGACGGCCUCGCCUUCAACGCCCUCAUUCACAGACACAGACCCGACCUGAUAGAGUUCCACAAGCUGACGCGCUCCAAUGCAACUCACAACCUGCAGCAAGCCUUCAACAUCGCAGAGCAGAACCUGGGCCUCACCAAGCUGCUGGACCCCGAGGAUGUUAACACAGAGAACCCAGAUGAAAAGUCUAUCAUCACCUAUGUGGUCUCCUACUACCACUACUUUUCCAAGAUGAAGGCUCUUAUUGUGGAGGGCAAGAGGGUCGGCAAGGUACUCGAGAACUGUGUCGAAGCCGAGAAAAUCAUCAACCGCUACGAAGAGCUGGCGUCCGACCUGCUGGACUGGAUCGAAAAGACCAUCGCCAUCAUCAGCAACCAGAAGUUUGCCAACUCACUGACCGGCGUUCAGCAGCAGCUUCAGGCCUUCACCACCUACUGCACCAUAGAGAAGCCCAUCAAGUUUCAGGAGAAGGGAAAUCUGGAGGUUCUUCUCUUCACCAUCCAAAGCAAACUCAGAGCCAACAACCAGAAACUCUAUGUGCCUCAUGAGGGGAAGCUGAUCUCAGACAUCAACAAGGCCUGGGAGAGGCUCGAGAAGGCGGAGCAUGAGAGGGGUGUGGCCCUGCGCAAGGAGCUGAUUCGCCAGGAGAAGUUGGAAUUGCUGGCUCAGCGCUUUGACCACAAAACCACCAUGAGACAAGCCUGGCUCAACGAAAACCAGAGGCUUGUAUCCCAGGACAAUUUUGGCUACGACCUGCCGGCAGUGGAGGCGGCCAUGAAGAAACAUGAGGCCAUAGAAGCAGACAUCGCCUCGUAUGAAGAGCGAAUCGGAGUGGUGGUGGAACUCUCAGCAGAGAUGGAGACGGAAGGAUACUACGACAUCCGACGUAUCCUGGCUCGUAAGGAGAACAUCCUGGGGCAGUGGUCUCUGCUGAAGGAGCUGGUGGCCGGGAGGAGGACCCGGCUGGAGAAGAACCUGGCCCUGCAGAAGACCUUCCAGGACAUGGUUUACAUGAUCGACUGGAUGGAGGACAUACAGGUCCAGCUGCUGUCAAAGGACUUUGGGAAACAUCUCCUGGAGGUGGACGACCUGCUGCAGAAACACAGCCUGCAGGAGGCCGACAUCGCUGUGCAGGCGGAGAGGGUGGAGACGCUCAACACAGCUGCGCUCAAAUUUACCACGAUAGAGGGUUACCAGCCGUGCGACCCUCAGGUGAUCUGUAACCGGGUCAACCACGUGUCUUCCUGUCUGGAGGAGCUCAAGCAACUGGCAGUGAAGAGACACGCGGAGCUGGAGGAGUCCAGACAGCUCUGGGCCUUUUUUCAGGAGCUGGAGGAGUCGGAGGCCUGGAUCCGAGAGAAGAGCUCCAUCCUGGGAGCUCAGGGCUACGGGAAGGACCUGAGCAGCGUGCUGAGGCUACUACAGAAGCACAAGACUCUGGCUGGAGAACUGCUGGCUCACCGGUCGCUGCUGCAGAACACCAUGAAGAGGGGGAAGCAGAUCCUGAGCGAGAAGAGCUUCGGCACCGCGGGGAUCCAGGAGCGCAUCAUGGAGGUGAAGGAGGAGUGGAAGGAGCUGGAGGACCAGGCGGCGCAGCGUCUCGACCACCUGCAGGAGGCGCUCCACUUUUUCCAGUUCUCCACGGAGACAGACGACCUGGUGGUCUGGCUGCAGGACGCUUACCGCCUGGUCUCCAGCGAGGACUUUGGACACGACGAGUACUCGACUCAGUCGCUGCUGAAGAAGCACCGAGGCGUCAGCGAGGCUGUCGACAAACAUCGGAUGCAUGUGGUGACGCUGCGCAAACACAUGGUGGCGCUGCCUCUGCGAUACCGUGAUCAGGAGGAGGUGCAGGUCCGUAUGGCCGAGGUGGAGCAGCUGUACACCGAGGUGGCCGAGGUGGCCGUGCUCCGGCAGCAGUGGCUCCACGACGCCCUCGCCGUCUACCACAUGUUCAGUGAGGUCAACGCCUGCGAGCUGUGGAUCGAUGAGAAGGAGCAGUGGCUGGACAAGAUGGAGAUCCCCGAGAGGCUGGAGGAAGUGGAGGUGGUGGCACACAGGUUUGAGAGUCUGGACCAGGAGAUGAACAGCCUGAUGGGAAGGAUCCUGGACGUCAAUCAGAUAGUUCAGCAGCUCCUGGAUGGAUGUCAUCCGUCUUCCACAGAGGUCAGAGGCUGUCAGGACCAUCUCAACUCCAGGUGGAACAGCAUCGUGGAGCUGGUGGAGCAGAAGAAGGAUCAGCUGGACGCCAUGCAGCGUCUGCAGAACUACUUGCUGGAGUGUGCAGAGAUCAAGUCUCAGAUCCAGGACAAGAGAAAAGCCAUCGACUCCACCCAGUACGUGGGCAGUGACCUGGGCGGAGUCCUGGCUCUGCAGCGACGCCUGUCCACCAUGGAGGGAGCCCUGUCGGUCCUGGAGCCCAAACUGAUGCAUCUGCAGGAGGAGGCGGAGCAUCUGGCCUCGGUUCAUUCCGGCCGGACCAUGGACGUUCUCGUACCGUUCGAUGGCAUCAGCCUGGAGUGGGAGGAGCUGAAACGCACGCUGCAGGGAUGCGAGGACUCGCUGCUGGUGGCCGGGAGGCUGCAGAGCUUCAUACAGGACCUGGACUCGUUCCUCACCUGGUUGGUCGGGACCCAGACGUCCGCUGCCUCCGACCAGCUGCCCAACAACCUGGAGGAGGCCGAGAAACUCAUCAACAAACACGCUGCCCUGAAGGAGGAGAUCGGACGGUAUGAAGAGGACUACGAGCGGCUGCAGGCCAUGAACGAGCUGCUGGAGCACGAGGAGGCUCCUCUGCCUCAGGCCGCUCUGCAGCAGUGGCUCCAGAAGCUCGAUGUCGGCUGGAAUAAACUGCUGGAGAUGUGGGAGAGCAGGAGAGACGUUCUGGUCCAGGCUCAUAUCUUCCAUCUGUUCCUGCGAGACGUUAAACAGGCCGAGUCCUUCCUCAAUAACCAGGAGUCGGCCCUCGCCCACGUGGAGCUGCCCGCCACCGUGGAGACGGUUGAAGCCGCCAUAAAGAAACACAAGGACUUCACCACCACCAUGGAGCUGAACCUGCACCGGAUCAAAGCUGUGAUCGAGGCCGGAGAGAGUCUGAUCAGCCAGAGCAACAUCUACUCUGAUCGCAUCAAGCAACGCAUCGACACACUCGCCAACAGAGGAAACCAGAACAGAGAGCUGGCUCAGCGGUGGCUGGACAAACUGAACGACCAGUGGGAGCUGCAGAGGUUCCUCCAGGACUGUCACGAGCUGGGGGACUGGGUGUACGAGAAGAUGCUGAUGGCGAGGGACAGCAGCCGAGACGAGACCCAGAAGCUUCACAAGAAAUGGCUGAAGCACCAGGCCUUCAUGGCCGAGCUGGCCCAGAAUAAAGAAUGGCUGGACAAGAUCGAGAGGGAGGGCCAGCAGCUGAUCCAGGAGAAGCCGGAGCUCAGUCCCGUGGUCCGGAAGAAGCUGGAGGAGAUCCGGGAGUGCUGGCAGGAUCUGGAGAGCACCACCCAGGCCAAAGCCCGGCAGCUCUUCGAGGCCAACAAGGCCGACCUGCUGGUGCAGAGCUACGAGAGCCUGGACCAGCGGCUGGGCCAGCUGGAGGGUCAGCUGGCCUACGUGGACCAGGGGCAGGACCUCACCACCGUCAACAAGCAGCUGAAGAAACUGCAGACCAUGGAGACCCAGAUGGAGGCGUGGUACCAGGAGGUGGGGCAGCUCCAGGUGCAGGCGGCCUCCAUCCCACAGCAGACGCAGGUGAAGGGCACGGUGGCGGAGCGGCAGGCCGUGGUGGAAGCCAGGAUGGUUCGUCUCAUCGAGCCGCUGAAGGAGCGCCGGCGCAUCCUGCUGGCGUCCAAGGAAGUGCACCAAGUCGGACGAGACCUGGAGGACGAGAUUUUGUGGAUCCAGGAGCGCCUCCCGAUGGCCAUGUCUCAGGAGCACGGUUGUUCGUUGCAGUCCGUCCAGCAGCUCAUGAAGAAGAAUCAGACUCUUCAGAGGGAGCUGCACGGCCACAUGAGCCGGAUUGACGACGUCCUGGAGAGGGCGGGAAUCAUCGCCUCCAUCCGCAGCCCCGAGGCCGACUGCGUCCGGGCGGGCCACGACCAGCUGGCCCACCUGUGGGCUCUGCUCUGGGCCGAGACCGAGCGGAGGCAGCUGGUCCUGGACGCCAUGUACCAGGCCCAGCAGUACUACUUCGACACGGCCGAGGUGGAGGCCUGGCUGAGCGAGCAGGAGCUGCACAUGAUGAACGAGGAGAAGGGGAAGGACGAGCCCAGCACCCUGCAGCUGCUGAAGAAACACUUGGUCCUGGAACAGACCAUCGAGGACUAUGCUGAGACCAUCGGCCUUCUGUCGCAGCAGUGCCGGCAGCUGCUGGAGAUGGGGCAUCCGGACUUCGAGCAGAUCAGCAAGCGCCAGUCGCAGAUCGACCGUCUGUACGUGUCCCUGAAGGACCUGGUGGAGGAGAGGAAGAGCCGCCUGGAGCAGCAGUACUGGCUCUACCAGCUGAACAGAGAGGUGGACGAGCUGGAGCAGUGGAUCGCUCAGAGAGAGGUGGUCGCCAGCUCGCCGGAACUGGGUCAGGACUACGAGCAUGUGACAGUCCUGCAGGAGAAGUUCACGGAGUUUGCAUCGGAGACCGGCAGCGUGGGGCAGGAGCGCGUGACGGCCGUCAACCAGAUGGUGGACGAGCUCAUCGACUACGGCCACUCGGAGGCGGCCACCAUCGCGGAGUGGAAGGACGGCGUGAACGAGGCCUGGGCCGACCUGCUGGAGCUCAUCGAGACCCGGGCUCAGAUGCUCGCCGCCUCACAUCAGCUGCACAAGUUCUUCUCCGACUGCCGAGAGGUUUUGGCUCAGAUUGAGGACAAACAUCGCAGACUGCCAGAGGUCCGGGCUCGGCAGGGCAGCACGGCCAACACCAGCACGCUGCAGAGACUCCUGCACAGCUUCGAGCAGGACAUCCAGCUGCUGGUCACGCAGGUGCGUCAGCUGCAGGAGAGUGCGGCCCAGCUGAGGACGGUGUACGCCGGAGAGAAGGCCGAAGCCAUCGCCUGCCGUGAGCACGAGGUGAUGCAGUUCUGGAAGGAGCUGCUGACGUCCUGUGAAGAGUGUCGAGUGCAAAUCACCACCGAGACCGAUAAGCUGAGGUUCUUCGGCAUGGUCCGAGACCAGAUCAUGUGGAUGGACUCGAUCCUCUGUCAGAUAGGGACAGGAGAGAAGCCCAGGUACUUUCAACACAGGAUCUGUGUCAACCGCAGGGUUACAACAAGCACUAGAAAUGUGUCCUCAGUGGAGGUGCUGAUGAAUUAUCACCAGAGUCUGAGAGGCGAGAUCGAGGCUCGCAGUCGGAGCGUUGUCACGUGUAUUGAAAUGGGAAAGACCCUGCUGGCCGUUCGGAACCCUGCAGCUGAAGAGAUUAAGGAGAAGCUGGACAAGGUGGUUGCUAAGCAACAUGAUCUGUCUGAGAAGUGGGACAAGCACUGGGAAGCGCUACAGCAAAUGCUGGAGGUCCAUCAGUUCGCCCAGGAGGCGGUGGUGGCCGAGGCGUGGCUGACGGCUCAGGAGCCGUUCAUCAGCAGCUGUGAGUUGGGCGCCAGCGUGGACGAGGUGGAGCAGCUGAUUCGUCGACAUGAAGCCUUCCGCAAGGCCGCUGCUACCUGGGAGGAGCGGUUCAGCUCCCUGCGACGAAUCACCACGGUAGAGAAGUUGAAAGCAGAGCAAAGUAAACUCCCCCCGACUCCUCUGCUGGGUCGGAAGGUCUUCCUGGACCCCCAGGACGCCUGCUUGAAUCCAUCCACCCUCCCCCGCAUCCCCAUCUCCCCCGUCAUGAGACAGACCAUCUACGAACAGAACGAAGCCAGCUCCCCCCCCUCGCCCUCCCCCGCCACGCCUUCACCCUCUCCCUCUUCUGUGGUUCGCCGGCUGGGGGCGACAGUCGGCAACUAUUCCCCUGUGAUGAACGGCUCCAGCUACCGCCACACCCUGGAGGCGCGGCAAGGCAGCGUGGUGGGUGUGGCUGCAGGACUAGGCCAGCCCACACCUUCCUCAAUCGCAUCUAUUGCUACAGCCGCCAUGCUGGUCUCAGCCAAUCAGGCGCGAGAAGGCGUCAGUACGGCCAGAGAGCAUGCGACCAAAGCCAUGACUCACCUCCAGCCAGUGCAGGUAACAAAGGAGCUGGAGGUGAAAUCGUCUCCGUACCUGAGGCAGCCCAAAAUCAAACACCUGGGUGACGUGGUGACGCCUCUGCUCGUGGCCAGCCGGCUGGAGAAGGUGAGGGAGAGGGGGAGGGAGAGAGAGAUGAUGAUGGGAGAGAUAUGUACAGAGAAAGUGGAGAUGGCGGUGAUGGCCGAGGUGGUGCUCACGGAGCCGGGGCGGGAGCGUCUGCACAGCGAGCCCACCAGAGGCCCCCGGGGGUCCAGGACCGACCCGCUGGGCCACGCCGAGCCCCAGGUCCAGACACACAGAGACCACCGGGACCACAAGAUAGAGCGGCAGCUGUCCAGCGAGCAGCUGAUCCAAGCACGCAGGGACGAGCUGCCUCAGGAGGUGUGGAGGGAACACGCAGAGAGGCGGGACAAGCGGACGUUAGAGAGACAAACGUCCAGCGAGCACGAGGGUCCGGGGGGCCACGAGGGCCGGAGGAGAGAGAGGGACCGCACCCGGCUGGAGAGACAGGAGUCCAGUGAGCACGACACAGCGAAGGAGCACUCAGACAGGCGCUCAGCAGGAGGAGAAGAGAAGAGAUCCACCAUGGCAGAAAUUGUAGAGCAGCUGCAAGAAAGAGAAGCAGCACAGGCCCGUGGCGAGGUUCCCCGAGUCUCCAACGGGACGUCAGAGAAGUCUUCCCGUCCCGACCGACCCCGAGCUCGGGACAGACCCAAACCACGGCGGCGACCACGACCCAAAGAGGCCGGAGAGGCGACGACCACGCGGCGGUCCAGGUCCGCUCCGGCUCAGAGCAGCCCGGCGGUCCCCCAGCCGCCGGCGCACACCGCACACCAAGAGGGCUUCCUGUUCCGCAAGCUGGACAUCGAGAGUCUGAAGAAGAGCACCAACAGCAGGUCAUGGGUCAACCUGUACUGCGUGCUGAACAAAGGGGAGAUGGGUUUCUACAAGGACGCUAAGAACACCGCCACGGCCUACAACAACGAGCCGAUGCUCAACCUCUCCCACUGCCACUGCGACGUCACCAACGGAUACAAGAAGAAGAAGAACGUCUUCACGCUCAAAACGAAGGAUGGCAGCGAGUUUUUGUUUCAUGCUAAAGAUGAGGACGACCUCAAAGCGUGGGUGAACAACAUCACCGCCAGUAUUACAGAGCACGAGGACAUUGCCAAAUGGGGCCAGCCCCAACCAACUACCUCAUCCACCGACGAGGGCACGCGCCGCGACGGCAGCAAGGCAGACAACCAAUCAGAGCGAGGCGGCGAGCGCUCGGACCGGGGCGACCGGAUCGAGAGGGCAGACAAGGAGAAGGAGAAGGAGAGGGAGCGAGGCGAAAGGUCAGAGAGGUCAGAUCGAGGCGGGAAGUCGGAAGGGAAGCGCUCAGAGAAGUCUGGUAAGAAAAAGUGAGCCGGGCGACAGAUUGG